GUGGGGCUUAGUCCAGAGAGAGGAACGUCCAGCCGCUGGCUGUCCUGGUAUCCGGCGGGGCGGGACUGGAAUACGCAGGUGGGCAGGUGGCUCUGUUUCUAACCCCCUUCUCCUGCCGGGCUUUGCUGUCUCCCUCUCUGCAGUGAGCUUCGAGGGCUGCGCAGGAAGGAAGCGGACGGCGUACCUGUCGGAUGACACGCGCUUCAAAGUGCACACGGACGGCAUCGUCUCAGUCAAACGUCCCCUCCAGCUCCACGGGCACGAAAAGAGCUUUUUCAUCCAUGCCUGGGACUCUGCCAGCAAGAAGCACUCUGCCAAGGUUACCGUGAAGAGAGAGGGGCACGGGCACCGCCACCACCGGCACACGGACUCCCCUGCCAAUGCUCAGGCAGACAUACUCAUCUUCCCAGAGUCCCGCCCCAGCCGGAAGAGGCAGAAGAGGGACUGGGUCAUCCCUCCAAUCAACUGCCCUGAGAAUGAGAGGGGGCCCUUCCCCAAGCCGCUGGUUCAGAUCAAAUCCAACAGGGACAAAGAGAUCAAGGUUUUCUACAGCAUCACGGGGCAGGGCGCAGACACCCCCCCUGUGGGCGUCUUCAUCAUCGAAAGGGAGACGGGGUGGCUGCAGGUGACGAAGCCGCUGGACAGGGAGGACAUCAGCCACUACACGCUCUUUUCCCACGCUGUGUCUGCGAAUGGGCAGCCCGUGGAGGACCCCAUGGAGAUCAUCAUCACCGUGAGCGACCAGAACGACAACAAACCCCAGUUCACCCAGAGCGUCUUCACAGGCUCCAUAGAAGAAGGAGCCAAGCCAGGUACCUCUGUGAUGCAAGUGACAGCCACAGAUGCAGACGACAGUGUAAACACCUACAAUGGGGUCAUUACUUACUCCAUCCUGCAGCAGAUACCUGAACAACCCCACCGCGGGAUGUUCGCCAUCAACUCAGAGACUGGCGUCAUCAGUGUGCUUGGAACUGGGCUGGACAGAGAGACGACCCCCAACUACACGCUGAUUGUCCAGGCUGCCGACUUACAAGGCGAUGGUUUUACUACCUCAGCCACAGCAAUGAUUGAAGUCACCGACACCAACGAUAACGCUCCAGUGUUCGACCCCCUCAUGUACCAAGCCACGGUGCCCGAGAACGAAGCGGGGGUGCUGGUUGACAGGCUGCAUGUGACGGACAAGGACAAGCAGGGUUCUCCGGCCUGGCGGGCGAAGUACGAGAUCGUGAGAGGGAACGAAGGGGGCUUUUUCACCAUAACCACAGACCCCAACAACAACGACGGGCUCCUGAAAACUGCCCAGGGCCUGGAUUUUGAGGUGCAAAGGCAGUUCAUCCUCCACGUUGCUGCAACGAACGACAUUCCCUUCUCCGUGCCUCUCCCGACUUCCACAGCCACCGUCACUGUGAACGUUGAGGAUGUGAACGAAGCCCCAGUCUUUGAUCCGCCUAUCAAAAGCGUAGUGGUCUCAGAGGACUUGCCUGUGGGACAGCAAGUCACCUCCUACACGGCCCGGGACCCAGAUAAGAGCCAGACGCAGACAAUCAAGUACCGCAUGGGGAACGACCCUGCCGGGUGGCUGGCUAUUGACCCCGAAAAUGGCAUCAUCACGGCAAAACUCCCUCUGGACAGGGAGUCGAGCUUCGUAGUCAACAGCACCUACAAGGCCAUAGUCCUGGCUGUCGACUCCGGUAAAGACUCGCGGCUUCCUCUUGUUUCGGGCCCCUGUUCUCUGUGCGAGCAACUGCCUGUGUGAUGGGUUGUAAGGCAG